AUGGAUGAUCGUGUCCUUGACAUUGUUAAGAAAGUUGGAUUAAAGGGGUUGCAUGGGACCCCAUCUAGAGAGAUCGAUCAUAAUUUGAUAACAGCCUUCAUUGAGCAAUGGCGGCCUGAAACCCAUACCUUCCACUUGCCACAUGGUGAGACGACGAUCACGUUACAAGAUAUGGAGGUUCUUUUGGGGAUUCCGAUCUAUGGUGAGCCAAUUGUUGCAAGAACUGACUUGGGGUGGGCUACUGAAUGUGAGAAUAUGCUUGGAAUUGUUAUUGAUGGUGUGGUGCUUCAAGGACAAAGGAUCCAGAUUAAAUGGCUACUUCAAAAAGUUGACGAAGCUUUGGCUGAUGGUGUAGCAGAGGUUGUUGUGCAUCAGUUUGCACGGUGUUAUAUUCUAGGGCUCCUAGGGGACACAAUUUUCAGGGACAAGUCUAGCAAUAGGGUGCAUACGAUAUGGUUGCAGAUGUUGGGGGACCUUCGCAAUCCACCUCAAUACAGUUGGGGGAUCACUUGCCUUACAUGGUUGUACAGAGAGUUAUGUAGGGCAUGCCAAAAAGGAAGACCAAAGUUGUUUGGGGAAGACCAAAGUUGUUUGGAGAGUGAAACAUGCUCACCAUAUCCAAGUAUGGAAUAG